AUGCAAUUGCUCAUGUUGACGGCCGUUCUUGGCCUUGUGGCUACCGGGGAGGCCUUCCCCAGAAUUGUCAAGCCGAUUAGGCCUAUGAGGACUAUGUCGGAAACUGGCCAGAAUCCAAACUCGAGUGACGCGACGCAGGCGUACUUUGACCAGCUCAUCGACCACAGCCGUCCGGAGCUCGGUACCUUCAAGCAGCGGUACUACUACAGCACCAAGUACUAUAAGGGCCCGGGCUCGCCUGUGUCCCUCGAUGCGCCGUCCGAGGCGGCCCUGCCACCCGAGUACGUGGACCUGACCAACCGCACCAUGAUCGGGUUCAUCGCGCAGAACCUGGGCGGCGCGGCCCUUGCCCUCGAGCACCGCUUCUACGGCGAGAGCACCCCCGUCAAGGGCACCCCGAACACGGAGACAUUCCAGCCGCUGACGCUGGAAAACUCGAUUGAUGACCUCGUCUAUUUCGCGAGAAACGUCAAGCUCCCAUUUGACACUGAAGGCAUGUCGCACCCCGACCGAGCGCCGUGGACGCUGAGCGGCUGCUCGUACUCGGGCGCGUUGUCGGCGUGGACCGAGAGGCUCGCGCCGGGCACAUUUUGGGCGUACCAGGCUGGAAGUGCUGUCGUAGAGGCACGCAACAGCCUCUGGCAGUACUAUAAGGUGAUUGGGGAUGCGCUGCCGCAAAACUGCUCAGCCGACUGGCGGCUCGUCAUGGAGCACAUUGACGACGUGCUCAUGAACGGCAGCGAUUGCAGAAAGACGGAGCUGAAGCGCCACUUGGGAGCGGCAAAUGCCACCGACGAGGAGGCUGCCGAGACCGCAACGCGUUGGUUGCCUCAGUGGCAGCGUCAGCAGUACUCCUCUGGCUACUCUAUGGUUUUCAAAGUCUGCGACUUCAUCGAGAAUCAACUGCCCGAAAAGUACGAGGCUGCACCAGGGCCCGACGGGCUUGGGCUGGAAAAGGCACUGCAAGGCUACUUGCGCUGGCAAGACUCACUCAAUACCCCGUCUCACGUCGACCAGGCGGACGAUGGCCUGGUAGACCCUUGGCUAUGGCAACUCUGUAAUGAACCGUUCCAGUGGUGGCCCACGGAGAAGCCCGGUGAGCCCCUCCACAUCACCACCGGCUACGACACGGAGGAGUCCGCGCGGAAGGAGGACUGCAUCGAUAUAUUCCCCGACGUCGGCAAGUAUAAGGUCGGCAUCAAGCUGGGCCGCGAUGAGACCACAGUGAACCGUCUGACGGGUGGGUGGGAUAACAACAACGCCACACGGCUGGUCUGGGUCAAUGCCGAGCUCGACCCAUGGCUGUUCGCGACCGUCUCCUCGCCCGACAGACCUGGCGGCCCGCUGGAGGGCACGGAUGACGCGCCCCUGUACUGGCUGCCCGGCGCUGCGCAUUGCAACGACUACAGGACGGAGAAUUACAACGUCAACGAGGAUGCGCGCGCCAUGUUUGACGGCGUGGCGGACAACAUGAAGAGGUGGGCGGCUGACUUUUACAUGCAGCACAACAUCACACGCGACUUCUAA